AUGUAAUAAUAAAAGAAAACUCAGCCUCCAGCAGUUUUAAACAGAACAAGAUCUCUUGGAAAGCAAUAAUAAUAGAAGCCAUAACAAUAAUAAUAACAGCAGCAAAUUCAACAGUAACCUAAACAGGGAUUUACUUAAUUGCCAAGUUAAAAGCUGACUAAUAUUAAGACAGUUGAUCCUUUUUCUGAUAAAUCAAAAUAGAAAACAAAUUCAUUUGCUUAUGUCUACAAUGCCGGCGGAAUUCCUUGUAGAGUGAAUCAUGGCUGCAAUACAAUGAAAUUAUAAUGGAAUUAAGGAGUUGAAAUUGGGCACUUGCCUUAUGACCCAUUAAUGGUUACAUGCUUCGAAGGUUUGGUUGAAGAAGCCCAUCCUUAUUGCUUCAUUGCAACUAAUGCAAUAAAAGAUAUGCUCAAUGAAUAAGUUUUAAAUUUAAAUUUUAUAAUCUUUUAGAAUGCGCAAGAGAAGGUCAUACCUAUUCUAGCAAAAUUGGUUUGGCCUUUAAGAACUGCCUUAUCUAGUUAAAACGACAAAGUCUUUAUGUCCUCUUUGGAAAUUUUAAAAUUACUCUCCAAUACAAUAGGUUCUCAUCUCAAUAGUCACCUUAAGAAUCUCCUAGUGCCAUUGAGCAAAAGAAUGGAUAAAAAGAAUCAGAAGGAAAUAAUAUAAGAUGUUCUAAGACAAAUACAAGAUAACGGAGGACCAGACACAUUAAAAGUAAUCAAAGCAGCAAUUCCUACUUAUACGAAUAUGUGA